GCCUUUAGCGCAUGCUUAAAAUCUAGAGAGAGCCUUUUGGUCCGUCGUCUUCUGUUUUUCACCUCAGCAGUGAGACGAAGAAACGAAGCGUGCCCUAAUUUCGAAGGUUAAAUCGGUGAUUCUUUUGCCUUUUGUUGUUGAUAUCUAUAUUCUCUCACUAUGGCGGACGAGGAGCCUGUUGAUCAGAAGAAAUACCUCGAGGAAUCUUGCAAGCCAAAGUGUGUGAAGCCUCUUCUUGAGUACCGGGCAUGUGUUAAGAGGAUCGAAGGCGAUGAAUCUGGGCACAAGCAUUGUACCGGGCAGUACUUCGAUUACUGGUCGUGCGUUGAUAAAUGUGUUGCGCCAAAGCUGUUUGCAAAACUGAAAUGAUUGUGAUAGCAGUUUCAUGAGUUACCAGUGUUUUCUCAGCCUCUCAUUUUGUCCGUCGAUCCUAAUAACUCUCCGAACUACCGCUCGGGUUGUCAUCUACCCAAAUUAGCCAUUGAUGGUUAUAUGGUCUCAUUCCUCACCGACACAUUUUUGCCCGAUGGAGAUGUUUCUUCAAUGUUUCUGUUUAUAAAGACCCAAGAUUAAGGACACCAAUAAGAAGAGGGUGUUCUUGUGGUUGUGAUUUA